GUCGCCAUUGGAGUGGGAGCAGGAGCAGGAGCUUUAGUUGCUGCAGUCGGGGGUUCCUGUUGUUCUGGGAGCCAUAGGUUUCACCUCCGCUGGAAUAGCAGCAGGCUCCUAUGCUGCUGGCAUGAUGUCGACAGCUGCAGUUGCUAACGGAGGAGGAGUGGCAGCGGGAAGUCUGGUGGCUUCUUUACAGGCAAUAGUUUGGUUUCUCAGAAGAGUUCGUCAGACCUAUAAAAAGAUGGGCCCUGCUGGGACAGCUGCUGCCAUUGUAGGAGGUGCAGUAGUUGGUGUGGUCGGGGCUCCUGUUGUUCUGGGAGCCAUAGGUUUCACCUCCGCUGGAAUAGCAGCAGGCUCCUAUGCUGCUGGCAUGAUGUCGGCUGCUGCAGUUGCUAACGGAGGAGCAGUGGCAGCAGGAAGUACAGUGGCUGUUUUGCAGGCAGCAGGUGCAGCUGGUCUGUCAGGAGCUGCCACUGCAGCUGUGGCUGGAGCUGGAGCAGCAGUGGGAUGGCUGACAAGCUUCAUCCGAAAAUGACCAUGAAUAAGAACAAGAUACAUUUACAAUAUUUUUACGUUUACCAAAUUAAGGAGGUUAUUGCAAAUUACAUCAGUUAAUUUACUAAACAGCACUUCUGAUUUCAGACAACUGAAAUGUUUUGUGCAAUAAAUCUGUGUAACCUGUGAAAGAUA